AUGAUCAAGCACCACCGCGUUACCACUCUCAAAACCCUACAUUCCCACGUCAGUUGCCUUGCGGUCAACAACAAUAACCUCCUCUACGCCGCUUCUGCUUACAAAGUCAUCGUCUUCGAUCUAUCGAACCACACCCAUAUCGACACAUUCAACGACGAUCCCAGCUCCGGGUCCGUGAAGUCUAUCGCCUUCAACGACACAAAGAUCUUCACCGCUCACCAAGACUCAAAGAUUCGUGUAUGGCAGAUCGCACAGCCGACGCGACACCACCUCGUGUACACUCUUCCCACCUUCAAAGAACGCUUGUACCGUUCCCUCGUGCAAAAGAAUUAUGUCCACGUCCGGCGGCACAAGAAGCGGCUUUGGAUUGAACACUGCGAUGCAGUUUCAGGCCUAGUCGUUAAUGAAGAUUUAAUGUACUCUGCUUCUUGGGAUAAAAGCUUUAAAAUAUGGAACAUAUCUGAAAAUCGGUGUUUGGAGUCUGUGAAAGCCCAUGAAGACGCUGUGAACGCCGUUGUAGUUUCUGGUAAUGGUACCGUUUACACAGCUUCAGCAGAUGGGCGCAUUCGGGUCUGGGAGAGAGAUGAUAACCUACGAAAGCACAUUUUGGUAAGAACCCUAGAGAAGCACAGAUCCUCCGUCAAUGCUCUGGCUCUAAAAGAUGAUGGAAGAGUGUUGUUUUCCGGCAGUUCUGACCGUUCGAUCUUUGUUUGGGAGAAGAAGAACAAUAUUGCAGAUUCGGUGGUUUUUGUGGAGGCAUUGUGUGGACACACGAGCGCUAUACUGUGCUUAAUCAACGUGGAAGAUUUAUUAGCCAGUGGGUCAUCAGAUAGGACGGUGAGGAUCUGGCAACGUGGCAAAGACAGUGGGUACCGUUGCGUGGUUGUAAUGGAAGGGCAUGAAAAACCGGUGAAGUCGUUGGCAGCAGUAGUACUGCCGGCGGGGGGCGCUUCUAGCGGUGUCGUAUCGGUUUGUAGUGGAAGUCUAGAUGGGGAGAUUAAGAUAUGGGAAAUCUCAAAGUCCUCAGAUUUGUGUAACCUGAGAUGA